CUGAUGGGGAGAUGAGGAUGUCCUCCCCUUGUUAUUAGCUGGGGCCUGUCUCUCUUUCUGAAGUAGCUUGGAGUUGGAGGGCGAUACAGGGCAGUGGUAACUAAGACUUUAGUGGGUGAAAUCAGUAGAUUUUAUGAUGGAAUUGAAGCCAGCAGAGCAAAAAGUGAAUGGCAUCUUAAAGGAACCAAACUCUUAUAAAUUAGUCUGUGGGAGAUAUAUUAAAGUCCCUGAAGAGUCACAUGUGUUGCUGCUAAUGUUGUCCAUCAUUGCGGUUGCAGGCCUGUUAAAAACUUUUUUAAAGCACACCCGUGUGCCUAUCCUGGCAAUUCUUCUCGUAUUCGGAUUUAUUCUAGGACAAGUAGGCCGCCGGUAUAAAGAGGUUUCUAUGGUUAUUUAUCCUAUUCUAACUACCAAUAAUUAUGCACUUUUUCAUUUCUUCACUCCACUAAUAAUAUUUAUGGCUGCAAUGGAUAUGGACUUUUAUAUACUCAAAAAACUCUUCUGGCAGGUUGCCAUGCUUGGAUGUAGUAACUUUUUCAUGACGUUUAUUUUAAUUGGCUAUUUUACCCUGAAAUACAAUAAAUACAAAUGGGAGCUCGGCUCCUGUCUACUGUUUGGAGUUGUUCUUGGCAUUACAGAUCCUCUUCUGGCUGUGAGGCCCUUGAAAAAUCUUGGAGUUCCCAAAAUGUUAAUCGAUCUCAUUAGAGGAGAAGCGUUGGCCAGCUAUGGGAUUGCCUCAGUUAUACUUGGGAUUCUCAAAAAUGUGGAACUUCAGAGCCCUGUUCCAAAAGAGGCGCACAUUCUAUUAAAUUUAUGCCUCGACAUUUUUGGAAGCAUUUUAUUUGGAUUUUGGUGUUCCAAAGUCGUCCAGUACCUCUUGUCUGACAUUUUCAGUGACACAGUGGCUGAUAUCAAUGUGUGCUUCUCCAUGACAUAUUUCAUCUUCUAUGUCGCGGAGUGGUUGGGCAUGUCAGGAGUUGUUUCCAUCAUGACUCUGGGGCUGCUUUUAGAUUCCAUAAGCUUUAGACCAGGGAUUGAUGUCAUUGUUACAAGGUUCUUGAUACUUUUGACAUUUUUGUGCCAAGCUUUUAUCUGCUCUAUUAUUGGCAUAAUUCUUGGAUGCGAGGAUCUGAGCUAUUUGAAAUAUCACUCUGGAUUUUUCACCAUACUCACCUAUUUUAUCUUGAGCCUCGUAAGGGUAUUGACCAUUCUGCUAGUCAGUCCGCUUCUGAUGAACUCUGGCUUUGGAUUUAACUGGAGAUGGGGUUGCGUUAUUGUUUGUUCAGGCAUCAAAGGGUCACUCUGCUUAAUCUCUGCUCCGGCUUUUAAUGACAUGGUUAUGCCCAUGAAAUCUCCACCACAAGCGUUUUUAGCCCACAUAGUCGCUGCAACAAUAAUGACAAUGGUGUUAAAUUCGGAGCUGGUGAUUAGAUCAUCUGUAGUAUUAGGACUGUGUGUUGUGUCCAUCCCAAGGCAAAUGGCAGUGCACAAUGCCAUUCGACACAUAGGGGAGAUGGUGGACAAUACGAUUGCUUUAUCCAAAACGGAAAAAAUUUUAACAAAUGUUAUUUGGACCAAAGUAGAAGAAAUCACAAAAAUUGAAUACCCUGUGCAAUACAUGGCAGCUCAGAUAAAGCAGAAUCUUGGGGAAGAAACCAUGUCCAACAUAGAAGAAGGUUUAUUGGAGGAAGCCAGAAUGCACGUAUCUAUAAUACAGAUGAGCAGCUUUGAGAAACAGUGUAAAGAUGGAAACCUGAAUGAGGAAGCGGCCCGGAUACUGAUUGGAGCAUCCAAAAGCUACAGUGCCACCAAAGGAAAAUUUAUGAGUAUUCAUGAUGUUUCAACUUAUGUGAAAACUAAAAGCAUGCUUAUGAGAGUAAAAAACCUACUGUUAUUUCUGGUAUACACUAACGAAAAGGAAAAAUUCACCCCACCCAAGAGCAAAUUUGCCUUUUUAGCAUAUCAUAUUGUAUUUUCAGAUGAAUUUGAAUAUGCAGGACACAUUCUAUCGCUUCUAUAUGUUUAUCCCAUGUUGAUGUACCUAUUGCCAGUUGUGAGAGCUGUCAAUAUGAUUGGCCUGAUAAUAGUAAAUUACUAUUUCGUUCUGUUGUAUAUCAUGGAGGCAGUGCUGAAGAUAGCAGUUAUGAAAAAGAAGUAUUUCAGUUACAAUUGGAAUCAGAUGGAAAUUUUCAUCAUAUUACACGGACUUGUGGAUAUCUUUUUUGUGCAUUUUGUCACAUUAAUAGGUGAAGAUCCAGUGAUAGUUCGGAUUACAACAGUCUUGGGGUACUUUAGAUUUUUUAGAUUUCUGCGUAUUCUUAAGAUGAUACUCCCCACGCUGAUAGAGCUAAUAGAAGCGCAAAUCAAAAAGCGGCUCAGCUUGAUGUACAGUCUCACAAAGGGCUAUAUCAGAAGUCAAGAAGAUAUUAAGCGUUUAAUUAGACAAAUUGCUGGCCAAGAGCCCGUUUCUCAGAAACUCUAUGAAAUUUUGGAAAAGAACAAAGAGGAAGCAAUCAAAGAACUAGGUCUGAUAGAACACGAGUGUCGUGAUGUCGUCAUUGCUCUGAAAACCAAGCAGGCUAUCCGCAGUGUGCUCGGGAAAGCUUUGAAAAAUCUAAGAUUCCUCCGGUCAAGGGGCAUUAUCGAUAAAAUAGAAGGAACCAAGAUGAACAAGAUAUUUCUUUCCAAAAUUAAAGAGCUGAAUUACUUUCCUACGGUAAUUCCUCCCCCAACUCCUGAGAAAUUUCUACACAAUAUUGUUUGGCUGGAGGAUAAGGAUGUCCUCAUUGAGUUCUUUAAGGAAAAAGCUCAUCUGGCCUGUUUUGACUAUGGGGCAGUCAUCUGUAAAGAAGGUGAAAUGCCUCAAGGAAUCUACCUGAUUAUUUCAGGAAUGGCAAGCCUGCAUGGUACGCGCCUCAAGUUUGGAAUCGACCCCCAAGUGUGCCGCGAUUCAGGAAACACCAAGACAAGGUUUACAGAUUACUGUACCAGUGGUGACAUCAUAGGAGAGUUGAGCUGCCUAUUAAAGCAGGAACUUGAAUUCACUGCUACGUGUGAGACAAUUCUACAGGCUUGUUUUAUCUCUCUGGAGGAUCUAUAUGAAGGUUUUGAUGUGUUCUGGCCAUUCCUGGAAUAUAAAAUGUGGUUAAAAAUUGCCCUCAACAUUGCCUGUCAGUAUUUUGAGGAGUACCUGGCUUGUGAGGAACUAGCCUAUCAGAAGGUUGUGGAGUUUAAUAAUAUCUAUGUGGAGACUUUAUUAAGUUACAAUGAGUUGAGUAUUUAUGAUAACACUAUGGAGCACGUUUUUAUAGUACACGGAAGUGUGAUUGAUGUUCAUACAGAAGCUUCAUAUUACGCUCCCUGCCUGAUACCUAAAAACUGUACCCAGAUCCAGGGUACUUCGGAAAUAAGCAAACUGCUGGUUGUCCGGGCACCAGAAAGCGUGUUGAAAUCUGACAGCAGCUCGCAGGGAUUAAAUGUAGAGCAGGUGUAUUUAUCCAGUGGUCGGAGACGGGUCAGCUUAAGAGAUCUGAUUAAGAAUCAGGUGGAAAGUAAAUGGGUUCGAAGGAAUGAAGGGAUCAAAAGAGCCUCCCAUUUUAGGAGACGAUUUUACUAAGGGCUCCUUCUAUGUGAUCUCAUCAGCUCUUGGCCAAAGAUCAUGAAGUAAUAUCCAGGUUUAUGGAAUAUUUCUGAAGGACAAUAAAAAAAACCCCCAGAAUUUCAAAACUAAUCCCAACUGUACUCAUUUCACCAGAAAAGAGGAUGAGGUGCCUCUACUAGUUCUGCUUUUAGAACAAGGUUUAAUCUCAG